GAGAGUAGCAGAGGACUACAGAACAGAAAGCGGGAGAAGGGUGGGAAGACCAGGAGAGAUGAACACGGAGGAAGUACAGCUCGCCCCCUCGUUCCGUGGAGUUACGCUUGGUUCACGGAAGGCGGAUAAUUACUCCUUUGGAACACGUCAGCAGAGGAAACUCUUUCCUCACUACCACCCCCCAACCUGGUUGGGGAACAAGUUUCUCCCUGUUAGGGGAUCGCCCCACACAGGCCCUGGGUGUUACUCAGAAACAGAUUGGAAUGGUUUGGCGUACAACCUGUCUCGGAUCCCAGCCAGUACGAAAGGUUAUGCUCUUGGAGCCAGGACAGCAGUGAGGUUUCAGCCAGUCAGCAAGGAUGUGACGCCAUAUCCAGGAAUGUACCAGAAAGUUUGUACUUAUGAUGAGAAAUACAAACAAAGCUUUGCUCCAUUUAAUGUCAUGAUGCCUCGAUUUAGGACUGAAGUUAAGGGCGCUUCUUAUCCUGGCCCUGGCACAUACAAUCCAGAGAAGAAGACACCCCCAAAGAUUGCUUGGCCAAUGAAAUUUGGAUCUCCAGACUGGUGUCAGGUUCCAUGUCUAGAGAAAAGAACUCUAAAAGCUGAGCUGUCCACAGACAAGGACUUUAGAAAACAUCGGAACCGUGUGGCCUACUUUAGCCUGUUUUACAAUUGAGAAGUAGGCACUGUCUUCACGAGUUCUCCUGACUGCAGAAUCUCCAGAACUGAGAAUGGGACUGCCCUUGCACUUCUGGGUUUCUUGGGCCCUCUUGUCUGCCAAUUCGGCAUCCAGGG